CCACCAGGCACCAGUGCUAAAAAGAGGUAGGGUUUCCGAUUCCUUCCACGGUUCAGUGCCCCCACCCCGCGUGCAGCUUAGGCGAACCCCUCCGCUCCUUCCGCCGCGCUCUCCCCUCUAUCUUCGCCCGCCCUUCGCCCGCCGCCGCCGCCGCCGCCAUGGGGAGGGGAAAGUUCAAGGGAAAGCCCACUGGCCGCCGCAACUUCUCCACGCCCGAGGAGAUCGCUGCUGGUACUUCAGGUCGCCCGCGCACCUUUAAGAAGAAGGAGGAAGAGGAAGAGGAGGAAGAGGAAGAAAGAGAAGAAUCUGAGGAGGAAGAAUCUGAAGACGAGUCUGAUGAUAAGCCUAAACAUAAAGGUACAGAAGGUAUUAUUCAGAUUGAAAAUCCAAACUUGGUGAAAGCGAAGAAUAUAAAAGCCAAGGAAGUUGAUCUUGGGAAAACAACUGAACUCUCAAGGCGUGAAAGAGAGGAGCUUGAGAAACAAAAAGCUCAUGAACGUUAUAUGAAGCUUCAGGAGCAAGGAAAAACAGAACAAGCGCGGAAGGAUUUGGAACGCCUUGCUUUAAUAAGACAGCAAAGAGCUGAUGCUGCAAAGAAACGUGAAGAGGAGAAAGCUGCGAAGGAGCAGAGGAAGUCCGAGGCGCGGAAGUAACUGCAAUAAUUAUGGACCGCGAAGGCAUGAGCUGCGUUGGUUGGAUAUUUGUUUCUAAUGCGUCUGUUAUCUCUUAAACUCGGUCCCUAUUCUAUAUUCCCAUAAAAUGUGCAUUGACAGCAGUAACGUUGUCUCAUGGUCGUGGCUUGCUGUAAACUUGAGCUUUGGCAAAAUUGAUACGUAGUAAGAUGAGCUUGUGCAAAAUUUGCUGCUCC